AUGUCUACACAUCAUCCCACAUUCAGUUCAUCAAGUGGGUUAGGUAGUGUUUUCAGGUCAUUAACAAAAACUUUUAAACCUUCAUCAUCAUCAAAAAAUGUACCAGUGACAAUUAAUCCAACAGUUGUUGGAGGAGGAAUAGAUUUACAAGAUUUAAUUAAUCAAAUUUUAUCUCAAAAUAUUUCUCAACAACAACAAUUAAAAGCUUUGGAGAAAUUAACUGAAUCAGUUUCAAAAUAUUCUAUUUCAUCAAUACAAGAAAUUUGGUAUUUAGCUCGACAAUUUUUAGAUGUAAACAAGGGAAAUAAACAAAUAAGAAAUCAAACACUUCGGUUGUUAAAUGUUUGUAUUGAAAAAGAUGAUAAUUCAGUUGGUUCAAGAACUAGAUAUUUUCAAGAUAUUUAUAAAUGUUGUCAAUUUUAUACAACAGGAUUUGAUUUACAAUUUGAUUUGUAUUUACAGGCACUUAUAAAAUUAAGUGAUAAUGGAAGAGAUAUUCAUGAUUUAAUUAUAACUGAAGAUAAUAAAAAUUUAAUUAAAUUUUUUAAUAAAGGAUUAGAAGUAUUGAUUCAUAUACUGGAAAAUAAUAAUUUAAAUGAAGAAAAUUUACAAAAUAGUAACAAUUUUAUUGAAUUUAUGAGUAAUUGUUUAAAAUUUAAUUAUGGAAUUAUUAAUGAUAAUGCUGUUGGAUCAAUGAUUGAAAAAAUUAUAAAAAUUAAUAUUGAUAAUGAAUUGUUAAUAAUUUCAAUAAUUGAAUUAUUAAAAUCAGCUUCAAAAUAUGGAAAUAUACCAACCAACGAAUUAAACAAAUUAAUACGACAUACUUCUAUAAUAUAUGGUAAGAAUGAACAAAAUGAAAUAAUAACUAAAAAUACAUUUGAAAUAAUUGAUCAAUUACUGAAUGAAAUAUCAUAUGAUUAUGUUUGUAAAGUGCUAUGUCAAGAUAUAUCUAACGUUGACAAGCUACAACUUUCAGAUUUUGAUAACCAUUCCAAAAAUUUGGAUUAUUAUUCAUGUAUUGGAUCAAUUAAUUUAAUAAUGUUAUUACAAAUAAAAAAUGUUCUACUAAAUAAAAAUAAAAAUGAAUUUCCAUUUUUUCUAAUUAUAAAUUCAGUUAACAAAAUCUUAAAGUUGAAUAUCCCUUUACUAAAUGGUCAUAUAUUGAAUUUAUUUAAUGAAAUUUUUCAAGAAACAUACUAUUCAAGAAAUUUUAAUUUACAAGUGACUGGAUCAUUUGAUUUAAUUUUCCCAUUUCAAAUUUGGUAUUAUAAUGAAAAUUCAUUAUUUGAUUUAUUUGAUAAUUUUAAAAUUAAUAAUGAAACAGAUUCAAAUAAUUUAAAAAAUUUAACUGAUUCAAUUAGAGAAUUAUAUGAAAAUCAUGAACUUUCAAUUCCCAAGGAUAAAUUAAUUGAAUUUUAUUUAAAUUUUAGUUCGAAUUUAUCUAAUAAUACUUCAAUUUUUAUAUUAAAUCAAUUUGAUGAAGAUAAAAGUUGUUCUUUAUUGAAUCCGUUAUGGAAAGAAUCUUCAUUAAAAAUUUUAAAUAAAUUUUAUUAUAAUAAAAAUAUUUCAACAAUUGUAAAAUUAAAAUGUUUAGAAGUUAUUUUCAGUGCUUAUAAAACGUCAAUAUUGAUAUUUGAUCAAAAAGAUAUAAAUUAUGAUAUAUUAAUAGAUAUUCUAAAAAAAUCAAUAAAUUUAUCAAACGAUGAAAUAUUGUUGUAUUUGGCUAAAGAAAUUAUAGUGAAUUUACUUGUUGAUUGUCCAACAUCAGUUUUUAAUAAAUUAAUUGAAAUCAUGAAACCUUUAUAUUCAGAGCGUAAAUCAACAAGUAAGAAUGAAAUUAUAAUCGCAAGAGGAUAUGUCACAACAACUACAACUCCAGAUUAUUCAAACUCGUCACCAACUAAUGAAACAUUUCUUAAAUAUUUAACAAAAUCAAUUUGUAAAGCAUUUAUAAUUUCACACCCAGAAAGAUCUGUAAAAUGUUAUAAUUUUUUAAUUGAAAUAAGUCAACAAACUUCAAAUGGAGAAAUUUUAUUAAUUAUAAUUAAAAGUUUAAUUAGAAUUAGAGUAACUUCAGAAAAUUUUAUAUAUUUUGUUCAACCACUGGAUAUGAAUGGAUUAGCAUCUGCAUUUAAAAGAGAUAAUGCCACAUUAACUGCUGGUCAGUUAUGGAAUUAUCCUGAAUUUUUGGAUUAUGUACCUGAAUCAUUUUUUAAUAAACCUAAUAAAUUUUUACAGUUACAAACUGAUAAAAAUGAUGAAAUUGAUGUUUUUUAUAUAGACAUCAAACAAUAUUUUAAUUUAAUUUUAAAUAUAUUUGAGAAUUUUAUUGAUUGGGAACUUUAUUCAUUUUGUUGGGCUCAUUUUUGUUCACAAUUAUCAAAUAUGAAAUUAUUUCAAAAUUAUAAUGAAGAAAUUUUGAGAUUAAAAACUAUAAUUUGUAAUCAAUUAAAAUUAAAAUUACCUAAAACUUUAAAAAUCCCCACGAAUGAAGAUUUAACAAAAGCUGAUUUACAAGUUGCAUUUGUUAGAUCAUUUUCUGCAUUAAUUGGAUAUCAUGAUUUAUUUUCCAAAUCAGAUGAAGAUGAAAUUAUAGAUGGUUUAAUAUUUGGUUUAUCAUCAUGGGAAAAAACUUCUAUACCAUGUAUUAAUAUAUUAACAAUAAGUUGUUUUGAAAUUCCAAUGUCUAUUAAGAAAUAUUUAAGUUUAAUUUUAAUUAAAUUACAAACUAAAAUAACAAGUGUUAAUGCAAGUACUCAUACAUUAGAAUUUUUAAGUUCUUUAAUUCAUUUACCUAUAUUAACUUCAAAUUUUACAAUUGAUGAAUUUAAAAGAGUAUUUGGUAUUGCUUUUAAAUAUAUUCAAUAUUCAAAAGAUUUAGAAAAAAUGAAUUUAAAAAAUAUAACAACCACCACAAGUAAUGAAGUUAUAUUAAAACAUGGAGUUGAUGCAGAAAUUGAAAAAACUCCGCUGACUCAACAAAAUGGUGUUUCACCAAUUUUAAUUCAAUAUAUUUUAAUGUUAUCAUAUAAUGUUAUAUCAAGUUGGUUUUUAAAAAUUGAAAUGAAUGAUAGGAAAAAAAUUUCAUCUUUCUUAAUUAAAAAUUUAAUAGCUUGUGAUAAUGAAGAUAAUAAUUCCAAUGAUAAUAAUUUUCAUCAUUUAACUGAUCAAACUAUGGGAUUUUUAGAUUUUAUUACAAAAUUUACAUAUAGUGAUUUCCCAUUAAAGAUCAUAUAUUCAACUAAUAAAAAGUUUUUACAAAAUGAUAAUGAUGACCCAGAAAGAACAAUAUUAAAUAGAUGGAUGGUUGGAUGUUCUGUUGUAAGUAUUGAAACUGAUAUUUAUUCUGGCGAUACAGAUAUUUUAAUUAGAAAACCAACAGGAGUAAGUAAAUUAAUAAUGAAAUUAAAUCAUGAAACCGAUUUAAAUAAAUCAAAACCAGAAAAAGCUAUAAAUCCAAAUUAUUUUUUAUUACAAUUAUUUGAUUCAAUAUCAAAACCAAUACCAAUUAUAGAAGAUUCAAUAUUAUUAAGAGCUCUUAAUGUAUUAGAUAGAAUACCAAGUGUUGAGUUUCAUAAAAUUGGUAUAAUAUAUAUUAACAAGAAUCAAACUACAGAAAAUGAAGUAUUAUUAAAUAAAAUUGGAUCAAUUGAUUAUCAAAAAUUUUUAAAUCAAAUUGGUAAAUUAAUAAAAUUGAAAGGUGAAAAAGAAAUUUAUUGUGGUGGAUUAGAUAUUGAAAAUAAUUUAGAUGGUGAAUUUACAAGAUAUUGGAGAAAUAAAUUAACUCAAAUUAUAUUUCAUAUAACAACAAUGAUGAAUAAUGAGGAAGAAAACGGCGAUAGUAAUGAUACCACUACAUCUAAUUCAAUAACUCCCUCACAACAAAGAAUAAUAGAUUUAAAAAAAAGACAUAUUGGAAAUAAUCAUGUAAAUAUAUUUUGGGAUGAAUCAAAUAAUCAAGAUUUUAAUUUUAAUCUUAUAAAAUCUCAAUUUAAUUUUUUAAAUAUUGUUAUAACUCCUCAAACAAUAAAUUUAGAUAACUCCAUGUCUAGUAAUCUGGAAAGAAAAUUUUUUAAAAUUAAAACUUUUAGAAGAUCUGGAGUACCUGCAGUUUUUUCAACUAGUCAUUUUAAAAUUAUAAGUUCAAAUCAAUUACCUUUUGUUAUUAGAAAUUUAUCAAUAUUAGCUUCAGAAUUUGCAAAUGUUUGGUAUGCAUCAGUUUCAAAUAAUAAUAAUAAUACAACUACAGAUUCUAAUAUUUCAAAAUUUGAAAGUAAUUGGGCUAAAAGAGUUAAACAAUUACAUUUAAUUUAUGAUAAAUCAUUAGAAAAUUUUAAAAAUUUAAAUCAAUCAGAUAAUAAUAAUAUUGACGAUGUAAAUUUCAUUAAUAAUGAUAAAAAUGGAUCAUCAUUCACAAAUAAUAUUGAAAAAUUUGAAAAUUUUGAACAAUCUUCUUUAAAAAAUAUAUAUAGUUCCGUUGAAUUCAAUUCUUAUACUUUAUAA